UUUAUUCUGUGGAAUCAACUCUCCAUGGCCAAUUCCUCCUUUGUCACUGAAUUCCUAUUGCUGGGUUUUUCCAGCCUCGGGGAGCUGCAGCUUGUCCUCUUUGUGGCCUUUCUCAGCCUCUAUCUGAUCAUCUUGAGUGGAAACAUCACAAUCAUCUCAGUCAUUCGCUUGGAUCACAGCCUCCACACGCCCAUGUACUUCUUUCUAGGUAUUCUCUCCACUUCUGAGAUCUUCUAUACAAUCGUCAUCCUGCCCAAGAUGCUUAUCAACCUGCUGUCUGUACUGAGGACACUCUCCUUUAUCAGCUGUGCAACUCAGAUGUUCUUCUUCCUCGGAUUUGCUGUCAGCAAUUGCCUGCUUCUGGGAGUGAUGGGUUAUGAUCGCUAUGCUGCCAUCUGCCAGCCAUUGCAUUAUGCUCUUCUCAUGAGCUGGAGAGUGUGUGGACAGCUGGCAGCAGCAUGUAUUGUUAGUGGCUUUCUAAUAUCUCUGGUGGGAACAACUUUGGUAUUCAGCCUCCCUUUCUGCGGUCCCAACAAAGUCAAUCACUACUUCUGUGAUAUUUCACCUGUUAUCCGUCUUGCCUGUGCUGAAACCUAUGUUAAUGAAUUGAUCAUCUUCACCUGUGGGGUCCUUGUGCUUGUUGUCCCAUUGAUCUUUAUCUGUAUAUCUUAUAGCUUCAUUGUUCACACCAUCAUGAAGAUUCCAUCAGCUGAAGGUAAGAGAAAAGCCUUCUCCACCUGUGCGUCCCAUCUCAUUGUGGUCAUUGUCCAUUAUGGCUGUGCAUCCUUUGUCUACCUGCGACCCUCAUCCAAAUAUACAUCAGGCAAAGACAGGCUGGUGACGGUGACCUAUACCAUCAUCACCCCACUGUUGAACCCCAUGGUAUACAGCCUCAGAAACAAAGAUGUACAAUUGGCCAUUCAGAAAGUGAUUGGCAAAACUGGGUUUUCUUUUAAGACUUUAUAA